GCAUAAAGAUACGUUUUUCUCAUACUUUUUGGUACCAGGAUAUUCUCUCAUACCAACUGUCCAACCUAGCUUUAAGCUUCAAGACAAAAGGAAUGAAAAUGUACACGUCAAAAAAAUAAUAUUUUUUUCUUAUACUUUUUGGUACGAUUAUCAACCAACACCUAUCUAAAUGUACAAACGACCAACAGUCCAAUUUUUUCAUUUCCGACCCAGAAUGUUCAAGUUGCCAUCCAGGGAAAACCGCUCUAUAGCAUCCAAAUUCCCUACGAAUACGCUGACAGCCAAGAUAAAAGAUCGACAGGUGAGUCACGAUAGUGAUAAGCAAUACCAAAUUUUGUUUUCAGUACUAUGACUAAUAACCGACGGUGAGCUACUCGUAUAUAUACAAAUUCAAAUACAGAAUAUCGAU